AUGGCCGCACGCCGAUCGAAAAUUCAGACACACACUCGCAAGAAGGCAGCGCGGGCGCGCGACGCACCGCCCACCGGCGCGAAAGGCGGCCCGGGAGGUGGUGGAGGCGCCGACAUGGGCCGGAUCCCAUGCUGCGAGAAGGAGAACGUGAAGCGCGGGCAGUGGACGGACGAGGAGGAGGACAAGCUGCUCUCCUACAUCAUGCAGUACGGCGCGCGCAACUGGCGUCUCAUCCCCAAGAACGCCGGGCUGCAGCGGUGCUGGAGGAGCUGCCGGCUGCGGUGGGCCAACUACCUGCGGCUCAAGCUCAAGCACGGCGAGAUCACUGACGCCGAGGAGCAGUGCAUCAUCAAGCUGCACUCCGUACUGAGCGACAGGUGGGCGGUGAUCGCGGCCCAGCUGCCGGGGCGGACGAGCUGGGACGUCAAGAACCACUGGAACAUCAAGCUCAAGAAGAAGCUGUCCGGGAUGGAGACACCCCGUGGGGCAGCGGCGUUGCAGGAGCAGCAGCGGCGGACCCUAACGCCGCCGCCAAAAGCUUCUGCCGGGCGAAGCCCGCGCGGAUCUGGCGGCGGCGGGCCGUCUUUCCUCGUGCAGACCGCUCGCGGGCCGGGGGAGCUCCGUGGGGCGGCGGGCGGCGCGGCGUAA